AUGACCAUCAACAAGAUAACCCCCGUGGAUUCCAGGUCUGAUUUCUUCCCAGGGACCCUUUCCAAACCCUCCAUCUGGGCUGACCCAGGGCCCACCAUCAACAUGGGGACACGUGUGACCAUCUGGUGUCAGGGGUCUCAGCAGACGGAAGGCUACAGACUGUAUAAAGAAGGGUCAUUUCUUAGGAUUAUGACCCUACGUAAUCCCAGGGACGCAAGAGGUCACGUCAGCAUCCCCUUUGUGGACACACACGACGCUGGCCAGUACCAGUGUGCACAUCACAGCUCUGGUGGCCCCUCAGAGCUGAGUGACCCCCUGUUCCUCACUGUGACAGGAGUGUACACAGUUGCACAGACCUCUCUCUCAGCCCUUCCAAGCUCUGUGGUGGCUUCAGGAGGACAUGUAUCUCUCCGGUGCGGAUCACAACACACAGUGGACACGCUCUAUCUGCUGAAGGAGGGGGGAACUGACCCUCCCUGGAAAAUGAAACCUAACCAUUCUGCAGACUGGUUCGAGGCCCUCUUUCCUCUGGGCCCCGUGAACAGCUCCCAGGGAGGCACCUACAGAUGCUACGGUUCCCAUGUCUCCUCCAUCCGCGUGUGGCUAAGUCCCAGUGACCCCUUGGAUCUCCAGGUCACAAGCCUGUAUGCCAAGCCCUCCCUGUCAGCCCAGCCAGACCCACCGGUGCUGAUUGGAGACAGUCUGACACUGACGUGUGGCUCUGAGACUGGGUUCCACAGCUUCGCUCUGACCAGGGACGAGCCUCCUCCGCUCCUUCCAUACAUUCUCAGAAGCCAGCAGAGUCCCAACUUCACCCUGGGCCCUGUGGACAGGAGCACUGCUGGCCAGUACAGGUGCUACUACAGCGGCCAUGACCGCUACCUGUGGUCAGCGCCCAGUGACCCGCUGGACGUCCUGGUGGCAGGAUAUUUUGAGAAGCCCUCGCUCUUAGCUCGUCCAAGCCCCACAAUGACUUCAGGAGAGAUCAUGACCCUGCAGUGUCGCUCGGAAGGCCCGAUGGACACUUUCCAUCUGUUUAAGGAGGGACACACUCGACCUCUCCAGCAUCACCAUGAGCAGAACAGUGGUGGGUCCCUCCAGGUCAACUUCACCCUGAGCCCUGUGACCUCAGCCCACACGGGGACCUACAGGUGCUACAGUUCACAUAGCACCUCCCCCUACCUGCUGUCACACCCCAGUGACCUGCUGGUGGUCACAGGAAUCUCUGAGGACCAGGUCCCCACAGUCCUGAGAUCCAAAACGCUCCCAGUGCACACUGUCUCUGGUAAAUGGCAAGACACCCAGCUGUGGCAUCAUUGGGGAGGGCUGGGCCACGGCAGCACAACCGUGUUCUUCCACAAUCUGAGGGAUCCUUGCCCUCCCAGAAACAAAUUCCACGGAGCUGCUAAGUGUCUGUCCGCUAAGUGUCUGUCCGUCCCCACCCGCACCCCACCCCUGGGCUCCAUGCAGAUGCUGUACCACCUCCACCUCCUGGCUCCCCAGCACAAGCUAGACACUGACCUUCCUCUUAUUGCUCACACCCCAGGUCUCCCCACGUACCUGAAAGUGCUGCUCGGGGACUUGGGGGUCCACGUCCUCCUCCUUUUCUUGAUUCUUCUGCUCCUUCUCUUCAUCCAACACAAACACCAGAGGAAACACAGUAAGUGA